UUAACAGAAGGCCUAUUUUGUCUUUUGAAUUCCAGCGGUAAAACGACGAAAUCAAACAGAUGGAAGAUCUCAUAGAAUUCGGGAGAGAGAUCGCGAAACCAGACGGAACAGGACUAUCUUUGAUGAUCGGUUCAAUAGGAGAGACCCUGAGGCAUAUGCCGUACCUACGUAUAUGAUAAGGGCCACCGCUAUUGUUUACUAUACAGGAAAAUUCUUUGUGAGCGAGUUAUCCCAGAUCGCCCCCGUUGAUGAAACUGUGCUGGUAUACACCAAGGCAUACAAUGACGGUGUGCCGUUGGAAGGGAUCCCCGAACCGCUCUUCCAUUACCUUCUAUCAUACGACUGAUGGCCAGGGUGAUCUACCAGACUGGGCUGGAUUUGCCUGUGGAUCAGCUCGACUCCAUAGCUCUAGAGAACCUGUACCUGAUCUUGUGCAGCAUGUUGAACUUGAAUGGGAUUCUUCGUACUGCACGAUGAAUUUUACAAAUGAUAACUACACAGUGUGUAUGUGUACCGUCUUAGAAAUCAUUGGUCUGAUAAAGGAUGCAAUACCAACGCAGGAACCGACCACACCAGAAACAGCACCCGGACCACUUGAAUUCAUUGGAAUUCCGAAUUCACUUGGCCUGACUAUAACAAGCUACAUUGGCUACAGUGUAUCAAUCAUCAGUCUACUCCUAACUAUCAUAACCUACGCUAUCUUUCCAAAGCUGCGGCGGGGUCGUCCGACCCUAAUCCACGUGAACCUGUGCGUGGCCAUCCUCCUCCUCCUCGUCCUCCUCAUCUCUUCCGUGGCCUUCUGCAACAACGUCAUGGGGUGCCGUGUCGCCAACAUCUUCCGUAUCUACAUCAUCCUAGUCUCGCUGAUGUGGAACGGGGUCGAGGCCGUCCACAUGUACAUGACCCUCGUCAAGGUCUUUACCGCCCACGCUUCGUACUUCGUUCUCAAGGCCGGCCUGGUGGCUUGGGGUAUACCACUAUUCGUUGUGCUCAUAGCAGCUGCAGUCAACAUUGAAAUCUACGACGGGGUCCUCACCCACCUCAAUUGUACAUUCAGGUAA